CAAAAAGUACGUUAGUGCUCUUCAGCAAACAAUUUCUUCUUCUAAACCCUCACUCGCCAUUCCAUUCUCCAUCUGCACUCUAUACUUGGCUUCUCCCCUUCAUAUUUUCUUCCUGGCGUCCCUAAUGCACUGAUCGCUCCAUUUAUCGCAUCAGAGUCAUGGCCGAGAUUGCCAAGCUCGUCGAUGCUCUCUCCUCCAGCGAUGAUCUCUCUCUGAGGAUUCGUGCCGAUUCCUCCCUAAGGACAGGCUUCCAGGAACUUCUUGCGAUCAUCGAACAUGCUAUCGAGACGAUCGGAAAAUGGGAAAAUAACGCAGGGUUCGAUGUACAGGGCCAGCAGCCUCAGAUUCAAGCUGUCGCCUCUCUGGCUCUAGCCGUCGUUAAAGCCACUCGAUCCUCCAAGAGUGAGCAAGUAGAACCUAUAAUUCUGGCCGUUAUUCAAUUGGCUGUUGAGUUUGCACUUUGUUACCUUGAGACAUCAACCCGUAACAGCUGUGAUGCAAUGCUUCAGAGUCACAUGCUGCAACUGCUGGAAGCAGCACUUGUUGACGGGGAAGACAAAGAGUUUGGUUUUUCACAGCCAUCUUUGCAAAAUAGUCUUGUAGAUCUUUUGCCACCAGUUUACAAAGCACGCGAUAGUAGCAAGUGGCAGGAGGAAAUUAAAUGUUUGCUUCAAGGGGGGAGAUGUUCAAAGGAAGAGACUGCUGUUGAUCACCUUCAGAUCACAUUAGCCUCUGAUUGCAUGCAUCCUGACAGUAUGAAUGCAAGCAAAACUGGGCAGUCUGCACGAUAUGAUUUUAACAAUUUGAACACUCUGUCUCAGCACUGGGCUGUUGCUCACCUGGGAUGUAUACACCGUCUUGUUUCCAUCUGCAACAAUCUUUUAGAAGUUCCGGAUUUUUUGGAUGAUAAGUCUGGCUGCACAAAUUUGAGGAAGAAAUUAUCAUUUUGUGUUAAAGUAUUGAAGUUACUUGGCAAUCUAACAAAAGAUAAUCCAUGCACUCACUUUGACGUCAAAUUGCUGAAAUCUAUUGCUUCUUUCACUGAGACAUUGCCUGCCCUGUUCAGAGUAGGUUUUGAAUUUGCAAGCAACAGCCCUGUUGUUGAGGGUAGUCUUGAGAGUCUCAUAAUGCUUUUGUUGGAAGAGUUCAUCCAACUUGUACAUGCAAUUUUUUGCAACACUACAGUGUUUCAGAAUAUCCAAGCAUGUGUAGCAGCUUCUAUUUUGGAAAACUAUGGUCCAGACUUGUGGAGGUACAGCAAUAGUGCUUGCAAUCCUAAACCUCCUUUGGCUUACUUCCCUCGAGUUGUUGUUUAUCUGUUGAGACUAGUUUUAGAUGUUAGGGAUAAGACAUAUCAGCUAUCUUGGGGUUUAAACAUGGAAUAUAUUAGCUGUGACACUGAUUCUCAAAUGGAGUCUCCCACAUGCAAGGUAAACUCAGAUAUGGUAUUCCUGCUGAAGAAGUACACAGUUGAGGAGCUUUUCAAAAUAAUGUUCCCUCCUUGUGUUCAAUGGGUGGAUAAUUUGAUGCAUCUUGUUUAUUUUCUUCACUCUGAGGGUGUCAAAUUGAGGCCAAAGUUGGACAGAUCAUCCUCUACUAUCACUAAAGUAUCCUCUACUUCUGAAUCAGAAACCACUGUUCAUGAAGACGAAGCGCUCUUUGGGGACCUUUUCUCAGAGGGGACUCGCUCGGUGGGUUCUGCAGAUGGAUAUGAUCAAGCUACAAUUGCAUCUAGUUCUGUUUCCAACUUUAGCAAUAUACUAGCUCAAGCUGAAAGUGAACUGCUCACUUUUCUUAAGAACUGUGCUUUUGCUCCAGAGUGGUGUCGUCCUUUCUAUGAAGAUGGGUGCCGAAACUUGAAGAGUAAUCACCUUAGUAUUCUACUCUCUGUAGUUCAUUCCCAUUCACGUGAUCCUGAUGUAAGAAGUUCUGAUGCUACUAAACUGAAGCAUGGACAAGUCAUUCAUGAACUUUGCAUUGAGCUGCUUCAUAAUCUUCUCUCUUUUCAUGCUUUAUCUGAUUCACUUGAAGAAGCCCUUGUUGAGAACAUCCUUACAGUUCAAAAUGGUGCACUUUUGUACGACAACCAAACUCUUGCCUUACUUGCACAAACAAUUAUCUGUCGGGUGGAUUUGGCAGGUAGUCACUUGAGGUCCAAAGUUUAUGAGGUUUCUGUUGAUUAUAUUUGUGAAAAGACAAAAGUGAUUUCGUCAAACUGUCCUACUAUUAAAGAGUUUGUUGGAAACCUCCCCUCUUUGUUUCAUAUUGAGAUUCUUCUAAUGGCAUUUCAUUUAUCAUCCAUGGAUGAAAAGACAGCACAUGCAAAACUAGUAUUUGCUACCCUUAGAGCUAUCGGUAAUCCUGCUGGUUUUAAUGACACACAACUUUCAUGCUGGGCAUUAAUAGUUUCACGUUUGAUUGUGGUGCUCCGUCACAUGCUAUAUUACCCCCGUGUUUGCCCCUCAUUCUUGAUUUCUGACUUCAGAACCAGGUUGAGAGAAGCCUCCUUAGCAGGAUUACAUUCUUGCAGCGGCUCUGUAAAUGUUUCAUCAUGGCCGUUGGUUUUGUUGGAUGGUGUAACUGGUGCAUCAAUUAAAGAACCUUUUAUCAAUGAUUUGCUGGAUCACCUUAUCGAUAUUGCACCUCCACCUGCAGCUGUAUGUAGAGACAGUCCAUCUGUUGAAUGCUUGGGUUUGAGCUGGGAUGAAAUAUGUGCCUCUUUCUCCUGGAUACUAUCAUUCUGGAAAGGUAGAAAACCAGAAAACGUAGAAGAUUUAAUUCUUGAAAGAUAUGCUUUUGUGCUUUGUUCGGAUAUUCCGAUUAUAAAAUCAACCCAAGAGCAUAUGCUGCUUCUCUUACAUGGCACAAUUGAUUUUGACAUUUCAAAUACUGAGCAUUUUCUGUAUUUUAGUCAAGCCAUUUUGGGUAAAGCUGGUGGUGUCAUCGAUCAUGCUACUUUUUCAAGUCGUUUUUUGUCCUUGCUUCACCAGUUGCAUGAUUCACCAGUUCCAGAGGAUGCUGGAGAACUUGGCUGGGAUUUAUUGAGGAGUGGGUCUUGGUUGUCAUUGUUACUGUCCAUCCUAACCACUGGCAUCUUGGCUUACUGCAGGAAAAAGUCCAUAACAUAUGUUGUCCCGAUGUGGAUAGAGCAUGCAUCUAGAGAUGCAGAUUUUUUUGCAUUAGGUGAUAGCUUUAUGUCUAUUUUAUGUCCAAAUCAUGUUGCACAGCUUGUAAAUAUUAUCUCAUCUUUGCUGAAGAAAUACUUGCAAGUGUACCAGAAGGCUUUCCUUUUGACAUUUAAUAGCAGACAACAUCUUGCUGGGGGGAUGUCUCCCCUCCUGCUUUUCACUCACACUGGCUUUGAUAAGUGCAUGCAAGAUGAGAUAUUUGAGAAGAUGGGGUUUAAACAGUGCCAAUUAGAUCCCCUUAAAGAACUUAUAUCAAAGUUGGGUGUAGCUGUUGACAAAUUAUCUUUUGGAAUUCGGUGCAAGAUUUUCUGGAAAUCAGUAUUGCAUGGCUUGCCUUGUCAUGUUCAGGCUCCCAGUGGAAUUCUUCUAUCCUCUAUUCUUAGUAUUGUGGAUAUUGUGACUGCUCUUCAUGGAUUGCUGAGGAUAGUAGAUGCUGGUGAAAAUAUUUGCUUGGAGAAACAGGCCAUACCCCAGAUUCUUGAACUGGUACUAAGAAUCAAGUGUGACAGGGUUUUAGAGGGGAUCCAUGGGAUAUGUGAAACCAUUUACCAAGACCUGACCUCUGAUGCAUCUGACUAUAGUAGUGUAUUUAUUAUAAAAUGCAUUGAUGAGGUUUUGAGCAACGUAAAUGAGAGAGAAGUUUGCAAUAGUAGUGUCCAUGAAUGCUUGGUUUCCUAUGCUGUAGACAUUGUUAAUAACUUGAAAAAAGACCCUUCCAAAUUUGGAGUUUUCAAGUAUUUGCUGUCUGAGGAGGAUGUCUCCGAGGGGAUUUUGAAGAAUCUAUAUGGAUCACAACAUAGUGAUUUGUUGUUUCUGGUUGAGUCACUGGAUAAUUGCAAUUCUGAAGCUGUCAAUAUAAAGGUGUUCAAUUUUUUUGUUGAGCUCUUAUCCGGGGACUUCUAUACUGAUAUUAAACACAAUUUACAGAAGAAAUUCCUUGGCAUUAAUUCACUUCACCUCUCAAAGUGGCUUGAAAGGAGGCUUUUAGGAUCUAUGAUUGAAGGGACCAGUGGUGAUUCAUGUGCUAAAGGAGCUUCAGUCUCUCUAAGAGAGUCAACCAUGAAUUUUAUCACAUGCCUUAUUUUCCCGGCUUCUGAAGUUCAAUCUGAAACACUACACAGUCACAUAUUUGAAGCUAUGUUAACUUCACUUGACAGUGCCUUUAUGCUGUUUGAUUCCACUACCGCGAAGUGUUAUUUGAAUUUGGUCAUUCAGAUUUGUAGAGGGGAAAACUCAAUCAAGGCACUUUUGGAGCGGCUCAUAAUGCUGAUAGAUAAGCUAGCUGGUAACGAAAAUCUGCUCCAGGGAUUGAAAUAUAUUGUUGACUUUCUUGCUACCCUUCUAAGUGAUAGCAGCUCUAUCAAGGAUUCUGUUGAUAAGCCAUCUGUGAAACCUGCUUGUGGUCAUAGUUUGGGAUUGGUUCCUUCAGCUUCUAAAAUCCCAGGUUCCAGGAAGAAUGCUGAUACUAUGGUCCUUUCUGCUAGUCAAGGGGGGUCGGCGUCCCUAGAGUGUGAUGCAACUUCGGUAGAUGAAGAUGAGGAUGAUGGAACAUCUGAUGGGGAAAUUGGAAGCAUUGACAAAGAUGAAGAGGAAGAUAACAGUGAAAGAGCUCUUGCCUCAAAAGUCUGCACAUUCACUUCCAGUGGCAGUAAUUUUAUGGAACAACAUUGGUACUUCUGUUACACGUGUGAUCUGACAGUGUCCAAAGGCUGUUGCUCUGUGUGCGCUAAAGUUUGUCAUCGCGGUCAUCGUGUAGUCUACUCCCGUUCUAGUCGUUUUUUCUGUGAUUGUGGAGCAGGAGGUGUACGAGGUAGCAGCUGUCAGUGCUUGAAGCCUAGAAAAUUUACUGGGAGUAACAAUGCUCCCAAUCGUAGUUCUGGCAACUUCCAGCCAUUCCUGCCUUUCACAGGAGAUCAAUUGCCUGAUAGCGAGUCAGAUGAUGAGGAUAUUUUUGUAGACUCAGAGAAUUCAGUUAGGAUACAAAUUCCAAAAGAGGUUCAAGACAGAAUUCCAAUCAUAUUGAAUGAACUUGACAUUGAAUCUCAUGUAUUGAGACUCUGCUCAUCAUUGUUGCCCCCCAUUGUAAGCAGAAGAGAUUCCAGCCUGUCAAGAGAGAGAAACAUCUGCCUGGAUGAGGAUAAAGUGCUUUGUUACAGUAGUGAUAUUUUACAAUUGAAGAAAGCCUACAAAAGUGGAUCUUUGGACUUGAAGAUAAAGACAGACUAUUCCAAUACAAAGGAGCUCAAAUCUCAUCUUACUAGUGGUUCUCUCAUUAAAUCCUUACUUAGUGUCAAUAUUCGAGGCCGACUUGCUGUCGGAGAAGGUGACAAAGUAGCCAUAUUUGAUGUUGGGCAGCUUAUUGGACAACCCACUGUUGCUCCUGUGAUGGCAGACAAGGCCAAUGUGAAACCCCUCUCUAAGAAUGUUGUCCGUUUUGAGAUUGUGCAUCUCGUUUUCAAUCCUUUAGCUGAGAACUACCUUGCUGUUGCUGGCUAUGAGGACUGCCAGGUUCUUACUGUGAACCAUCGAGGUGAAGUGAAUGAUCGUUUAGCUAUCGAACUUGCUCUGCAAGGUGCAUAUAUCAAACGUAUUGACUGGGUUCCUGGAUCUCAGGUUCAGCUAAUGGUCGUCACCAACAGAUUUGUUAAAAUAUAUGAUUUAUCCCAGGACAACAUUAGUCCUAUGCAGUACUCAACAUUACCUGAUGACAUGAUUGUUGAUGCAACCUUGGUCAUGGCUCCCCAAGGUAGGGGGUUUAUUAUCGUCCUCUCAGAGAAUGGUUGCUUAUAUAGGUUAGAAUUAUCAGUGAAAGGAAAUGUUGGGGCCAAACCACUCAAUGAAGUGAUGCAAAUAGAGGGCAGAGAUGUGCAUCCAAGAGGCUCUUCGUUAUAUUUUUCACCAAUCCAUAGGUUGCUGUUUCUGUCUUUUCAGGAUGGCACUACUUUGGUUGGCCGGUUAAAUCCUGAUGCAACAUCCCUGACCGAGAUAUCUGCUGUAUUGGAUAAUGAAGUUGAUAGUGAUCCCCGGCCAGCAGGAUUGCACCAUUGGAGGCAGUUAUUCAGUGAUGGUGCUUUAUUUGUUUGCUUUUCAAGUUUGAAAUCGAAUGCUGCCUUUGCUGUUUCUAUAGGUGAGCAUCAGGUUUCUGCUCAGAACAUGCGACAUUCAGUUGGCUCUACUUCUCCUGUAGUUGGUAUUGCUGCUUACAGCAAGCCUCUGUCAAAAGACAAAAUACACUGCCUUGUUUUACAUGAUGAUGGUAGCCUUCAGAUAUAUUUGCAUGUUCCAGCCGGUGUGGACACUGACAUUAGUGCAAUUACUGAUAAAGUUAAAAAGUUGGGUCCUGGUAUCCUUGACAACAAAGCAUACGGUGGUUCCAGACCUGAAUUUCCACUUGAUUUUUUUGAGAAAACCACAUGCAUUACACAUGACGUGAAACUAAGCAGUGAAGCAAUCAAGAAUGGUGACUCUGAAGCAGCAAAACAGACUUUAGCUACCGAAGAUGGGUUCUUGGAGAGUCCCGGUCCUGGUGGGUUUAAGAUUACUGUCUCCAACUCAAAUCCCGACAUUUUGAUGGUUGGUCUACGCCUGCAUGUGGGUAACACCUCAGCAGAUCAUAUACCCUCUGAAGUCACUGUUUUUCAGAGAGCCAUAAAAUUAGACGAGGGAAUGAGGUCUUGGUAUGAUAUCCCAUUCACUGUGGCUGAAUCACUGCUUGCUGAUGAAGAGUUUACACUUUGUAUUGGACCUACAUUCAAUGGAUCUGCAUUACCACGUAUCGAUUCUUUGGAAGUUUAUUGCCAAGCAAAGGAUGAAUUUGGGUGGAAAGAGAAGAUGAAUGAUGUUCUAGAUAUGGAAGCUCACAUUCUUGGCUCUAACUCAUGGGCUGCUGGAACAGGUAGGAAGUUUCAUGCAACACAGUCUGUUCAAUUUCAAGAGCAGGUAAUGGCUGAUAGCCUCAAUGUGUUAUCAAGUAUUUAUGCCUUGUCCAAACCACGAGGGUGCUCAAAGGUCGAGGAUGUUAAGUUGGAGCUUAGCAAACUCAAGUGCAAGCAGUUGCUGGAAACAGUGUUUGAGAGUGAUAGAGAGCCUUCAUUACAGUCCGCUGCCUGUCGUGUCUUGCGAGCUGUCUUUCCCAAAAGAGAGAUGUAUCACCAAGUUAAAGAUGCAAUGCGCCUUACUGGCGUUGUUAAAUCUGCUGCAAUGCUUUUGUCAAAGCUGGGAAUUGGGGGAACAACUGCUGGAUGGAUCAUUGAUGAAUUCACUUCACAGAUGUGUGCUGUUUCUAAGAUUGCUCUACAUCGCCGCUCAAACCUGGCUAGUUUUAUUGAGAUGAAUGGUUCAGAAGUGGUCGAUGGGCUAAUGCAGGUUUUGUGGGGAAUUUUGUACAUAGAGCAGCCUGACACUCAAACUAUGAACAACAUAGUUGUAUCUUCUGUAGAGCUUAUUUACUGUUAUGCUGAGUGUCUAGCCUUGCAUGGGAAGGAUGGAGGCAGGAGUUCUGUUGCACCUGCAGUGUCAUUGUUUAAAAAACUUCUGUUUUCAGCCAAUAAGGCUAUUCAAACAUCCAGCAGCUUGGCUAUAUCUUCAAGAUUGCUACAAGUUCCUUUCCCAAAGCAAACAAUGUUAGGCACAGAUGAUGCUGACAACUCGUCAUCUGCUCCAAACCGAGCUGUUGCUUCUACCGGAGGCGGUGGAAGUACUCAAGUCAUGGUCGAAGAAGAUUCCAUAACUUCAUCUGUCCAAUACUGUUGUGAUGGCUGCUCUACGGUUCCCAUCCUCAGGCGAAGAUGGCACUGUACUAUUUGUCCCGAUUUUGAUUUAUGUGAAACAUGCUAUGAAGUGCUUGAUGCAGACAGGCUUCCUCCCUCGCCACAUUCUAGAGAUCACCCUAUGACACCUAUUCCCAUUGAAGUGGAAAACUUUGGGGAUGGCAAUGGAAUUCAUUUUACUAGUGAUGAUAUAAGUGACUCUGGUUUGUUGCCUGUUGCAUCUGAUGUUGGAACACAGAAUUCUGCUCCAUCUAUUCAUGAAUUGGAGCAGAAUGAUUCUGGAGAAUUUUCUGCAUCACUGCUUGAUCCGGUUACAAUUUCUGCAUCCAAAAGGGCUGUCAACUCACUGCUUCUCUCAGAGCUCCUUGAACAACUGAAGGGAUGGAUGGAAAAUACCACAGGCGUUCAGGCUCUUCCUGUCAUGCAGCUUUUCUACAGACUGGCUUCUGCUGUUGGCGGACCCUUUUCUGACAGCUCAGAGCCUGAAAGUAUAGAUUUGGAGAAAUUGAUAAAAUGGUUUUUGGUGGAGAUAAACUUGAGUAAACCUCUUGCAGCUAAAAACAGGACACCCUCUGGUGAAGUCACGAUUUUAAUAUUUAUGUUCUUCACCUUAAUGUUGCGAAACUGGCAUCAGCCAGGAAGUGAAGGUGGCUCUGUUUCUAAAUCUGGAAGUUCAACUGAAGCACAAGACAAAAGUGCAUUACUGAUUCUUGCUUCUACAUCAAUGGCUGCCUCAUCAAUAGUGGAUGGACAAGAAAAAGAUGAUUUCAUUUCUCAUCUGCUUCGAGCUUGUGGUACCCUUAGGAAUCAAACAUUUGUUAAUUAUCUGAUGGAUAUUCUGCAGCAGCUGGUGAAUGUUUUCAAGUCACCAUCAGUUACCACUGAUGCAUCUUAUGGUCCAAAUGCUGCUUCUGGAUGUGGUGCAUUGUUGACUAUGCGGAGAGAGGUGCCAGCAGGCAAUUUCUCACCCUUCUUUUCAGACUCCUAUGCAAAAUCACACCGCGCUGAUAUAUUUGUAGACUACCAUAGACUCUUGCUGGAGAACACUUUCCGGCUUCUUUACAGUAUGAUACGACCAGAAAAGCAUGAAAAGGGUGUGGAGAAAGAAAAACCUUACAAAGUGUCUCUGAGCAAGGAUUUGAAGCUGGAUGGAUAUCAGGAUGUCCUUUGCAGCUACAUUAAUAAUCCACAUACAGCUUUUGUUAGAAGGUAUGCAAGGAGGCUCUUCUUGCAUCUAUGUGGAAGUAAGACACAGUACUACAGUGUUCGAGACUCGUGGCAGUUCUCGAAUGAUUUGAAAAAGCUUUAUAAACAUGUUAAUAAAUCUGGUGGGUUUGAAAGUACUAUCACCUAUGAGAGGAAUGUUAAAAUAGUCAAGUCCCUAUCCACCAUGGCUGAAGUUGCUUCAUCUCGACCUCGAAACUGGCAGAAGUACUGCUUGAGGCAUGCUGAUGUUCUACCUUAUCUUGUGAGUGGGGUUUUCUGUUUUGGGGAAGAAUGUAUAGUUCAGACAUUAAAGCUUCUGAAUUUGGCCUUCUAUACUGGGAAUGUUAACAACCACUCUUCACAAAAAACUGAAGGGGGUGAUGUAGGAAUAGCUGCAAACAAGUCAGGUGCACAACCACUUGAAUCCAAGAAGAAGAAGAAGGGGGAAGAGAGUGAGUCAAGUGCUGAAAAAUCUCACUUUGAUAUGGAAGCAGUGGUAGAUGUCCUCGUUGGCAAGGGUGGUGAUACAUUGAAGCAAUUUAUUGACUGUUUUUUACUGGAAUGGAACUCUAGCUCUGUGCGUGUAGAAGCCAAAUUUGUCCUGUUCGGUGUCUGGCAUCAUGGAAAUCAAUCUUUUAAAGAGACACUGCUUUCUGUACUUCUGCAGAAAAUGAAGUUUUUGCCAAUGUAUGGGCAGAACAUCACUGAAUAUACUGAGCUUCUCACAUUCUUGUUGGGCAAGGUGCCAGAGAACAGUUCAAAGCAACAAUGUGCUGAAGUAUUAGAGAAAUGCUUGUCCAAUGAUGUGAUCAGGUCCAUAUUUGACACACUUCACUCUCAGAAUGAGCUGUUGGCUAAUCAUCCCAAUUCGCGCAUAUAUAACACUUUAAGCGGUCUGGUGGAAUUUGAUGGUUACUAUCUUGAGAGUGAACCUUGUGUUGCCUGCAGCUCCCCUGAGGUGCCAUAUAGCAGGAUGAAACUUGAAAGCUUAAAAUCAGAAACAAAGUACACAGACAACCGCAUCAUUGUUAAAUGUACUGGUAGCUAUACAAUUCAGAGUGUGGUUAUGAAUGUCCAUGAUACUCGCAAGUCAAAGUCAGUGAAAGUCCUAAACCUUUAUUACAACAACAGGCCUGUGGCCGACCUUUCAGAGUUGAAGAAUAAUUGGUCUUUGUGGAAGCGUGCAAAGAGCUGCCAUCUUGCUUUUAAUCAGAUAGAGCUGAAAGUGGAUUUUCCAAUACCAAUCACUGCAUGUAAUUUCAUGAUUGAGCUGGAUUCUUUUUACGAAAAUCUCCAAGCUUUAUCCCUUGAGCCUCUGCAGUGUCCUCGUUGCAGUCGACCUGUCACGGAUAAGCAUGGUAUUUGUGGUAAUUGUCAUGAGAAUGCUUAUCAGUGCCGACAAUGCCGGAAUAUCAAUUAUGAAAAUCUUGAUUCAUUUUUAUGCAAUGAAUGCGGAUACAGCAAGUAUGGUAGAUUUGAAUUCAAUUUUAUGGCAAAGCCAAGUUUCACCUUUGAUAGCAUGGAAAAUGAUGAAGAUAUGAAGAGGGGCUUGGCUGCUAUUGAGUUUGAAUCUGAAAAUGCUCAUAAGAGGUAUCAGCAGCUUUUAGGCUUCAAAAAACCUUUGCUCAAGAUAGUAUCAAGUAUUGGUGAGAAUGAGAUGGACUCACAGCAGAAGGAUUCUGUUCAGCAAAUGAUGGUUUCUUUACCUGGACCUUCCUGUAAGAUAAACCGGAAAAUUGCUCUUCUUGGGGUCUUGUAUGGUGAGAAAUGUAAAGCGUCUUUUGAUAUUGUGAGCAAAAGUGUUCAAACUCUGCAAGGUCUGCGGCGGGUUUUAAUGAACUACUUGCAUAAAAAACAAUCUGGAAAUGCUACUGCAACCUCUCGAUUGGUUGUUUCUCGGUCGCCAAACAGUUGCUAUGGAUGUGCUUCUACGUUUGUUACUCAAUGUGUGGAGAUAUUACAGGUGCUAUCAAAGCAUCCGGCUACUAAGAAGCAACUUGUUGCAGCUGGUAUUCUGUCAGAGCUCUUUGAAAACAACAUUCAUCAGGGCCCAAAAACAGCACGUGUCCAAGCAAGGGCAGCCCUUUGUGCCUUCUCAGAAGGUGAUUUGAAUGCAGUUUCCGAGUUGAACACUCUAAUGCAGAAAAAAGUGCUUUAUUGUCUUGAACAUCAUCGUUCCAUCGACAUUGCCCUGGCCACGAGAGAAGAUCUGUCCUUACUAUCUGAUGUGUGUUCUUUGGCUGAUGAAUUCUGGGAAUCAAGAUUGAGGGUUGUCUUCCAGUUGUUAUUUUCUUCUAUUAAAUCAGGAGCUAAACAUCCUGCUAUAUCAGAGCAUGUUAUUCUCCCAUGCCUACGGAUCAUAUCACAGGCAUGUACUCCUCCUAAGCCUGAUGCAGCUGAGAAAGAGCAUGUGAUGGGGAAACCAGCUCAGGAUACACAAGUGAAAGAAGAAAGCAGGGGAAAUGUAUCUGGAUCUAUUACCCUUGUCAGUAGUGGAAGCAAACUUGUAUCAGAAUCAUUGGAAAAGAGUUGGAGUGAUUCUCAUCAAGUACAAGAUAUACAAUUACUGAGUUACUCAGAAUGGGAAAAAGGAGCUUCAUAUCUUGAUUUUGUGAGGCGUCAAUAUAAGGUAUCUCAGGUAUCAAAAGGUGUUCAAAGAUCUCGACUUCAGAAACACGACUAUCUGGCCUUAAAGUAUGGUCUAAGGUGGAAGCGGCGUGGGUGUAAAUCAGCUCGAAGUGAUAUGCCAUCUUUUGAGCUCGGUUCAUGGGUUUCAGAACUUAUAUUGAGUGCAUGUUCACAGUCUAUAAGAUCUGAAAUGUGCAUGUUGAUUAGUUUGCUGUGUGGCCAAAGUCCAAUGAGACGACAUCGCUUGUUAAACCUUCUCAUGUCUUUGCUUCCUGCAACUCUUUCUGCUGGUGAAAAUGCUGCUGAAUAUUUUGAAUUGCUUUUUAAGAUGAUAGACUCAGAAGAUGCUUGCCUUUUCUUGACUGUCAGUGGAUGCUUGAAAACAAUAUGCAAAUUGAUAACCCAAGAACUGAGUAAUGUUGAGUCCUUAGAGAGGAGUUUGCAUGUUGACAUUUCACAGGGAUUCAUUCUUCACAAGCUAAUAGAGCUCCUUGGAAAAUUUUUGGAGAUUCCUAACAUCAGAUCCAGAUUUAUGAGAGAGCAUUUACUGUCUGAGGUACUUGAAGCUCUUAUUGUCAUAAAAGGGUUGGUUGUGCAGAAGACAAAGCUGAUAAACGAUUGCAAUAAGCUUCUCAAAGAUCUUUUGGAUAGUCUUCUACUGGAGAGAGAUGAAAAUAAACGUCAAUUUAUCCAAGCAUGCAUCUCUGGUCUUCAAAUUCAUGGAGACGAGAGCAGAGGAAGAACUUCUUUGUUCAUAUUGGAGCAACUAUGCAACUUGAUCAGUCCACCAAAACUGGAACCUAUUUAUCUCUUGAUCUUGAACAAGGCACAUACACAAGAAGAGUUUAUUAGGGGAUCAAUGACAAAAAAUCCUUAUUCAAGUGCAGAAGUAGGCCCGCUGAUGCGUGAUGUUAAAAACAAAAUUUGCCAACAGCUGGAUCUCUUGGGUCUUCUUGAAGACGACUAUGGCAUGGAGUUGUUAGUAGCUGGAAAUAUAAUAUCUCUUGAUUUGAGCAUUGCUCAGGUUUAUGAGCAAGUGUGGAAGAAGCCCAGUAGUCACUCUUCAAACACAGUUACUGGGACAAUGUUGGUUUCCUCUACUUCUGUAGCAUCUGCCAGAGAUUAUCCUCCAAUGACAGUGACUUACCGUUUACAGGGUCUAGACGGGGAAGCCACUGAACCCAUGAUUAAAGAACUGGAUGAGGACAGAGAGGAAACCCAGGACCCAGAGGUCGAGUUUGCCAUUGCUGGAGCAGUUCGGGAAUGUGGUGGACUAGAGAUCCUUUUGGGGAUGGUUCAGCGUUUGCAAGAUGAUUUCAAGUCCAAUCAAGAGCAGCUAGUUGCAGUCCUUAACCUGCUCAUGCUCUGCUGUAAGAUAAAAGAAAACAGAAAAACACUGCUUAGUCUGGGAGCUUUAGAAUUGCUACUUGAAACAGCACGACGAGCUUUCCUUGUGGAAGCCAUGGAGCCAGCUGAGGGCAUCCUACUGAUUGUAGAGAGUUUAACAUUAGAAGCAAACGACAGCCAUAGCAUUAGCAUUACUCCUGGUGUGCUCACAGUGUCAAAUGAAGAAAGAGGUGGUGGUGGUGAACAAGCCAAAAAAAUAGUUCUCCUCUUCCUAGAGAGGUUGUCUCAUCCAUCUGGUCUUAAAAAAUCAACCAAACAACAGAGAAACACAGAGAUGGUUGCAAGAAUUUUGCCGUACUUGACCUAUGGAGAACAGGCAGCAAUGGAAGUGCUCAUCCACCAUUUUGAACCGUUUUUACAGAAUUGGGCUGAAUUUGAUAGACUGCAAAGGCAGUAUGAAGACAAUCCAAAGGAUGAUGGUAUUUGUCAGCAAGCAUCCAAGCAAAAAUUCACCCUGGAAAACUUUGUAAGAGUUUCAGAAUCCCUCAAAGCAAGUUCCUGUGGGGAGAGGCUGAAAGAUAUGAUACUGGAAAAGGGGAUUACAGGAUCUGCUGUUAAACAUCUAAAAGAUAGCUUUGCAUUUACUGGGCAGGAAGGUUACAGAUCUACUGUUGAGUGGGCUGUGGGAUUAAAACUGCCAUCUGUUCCCCUCAUAUUGUCCAUGCUAAGAGGGUUGUCCAUGGGACAUUUAGCUACUCAGACUUGUAUUGAUCAAGGAGGGGUCUUACCUUUGCUCCAUGCUUUGGAGGGUGUCUCUGGUGAGAAUGAGAUUGGGGCAAGGGCUGAAAAUUUGUUGGACACACUUUCUGAUAAGGAGGGAAAAGGUGAUGGUUUCUUGACUGAGAAGGUCUGUCAGCUGAGACAUGCAACACGAGACGAGAUGAGGCGUCGUGCUCUAAAGAAAAGGGAACAGUUACUUAAGGGUCUUGGGAUGCGGCAAGAACUAGCUUUGGAUGGGGGUGACCGUAUUGUGGUUGCUCAGCCAGUCUUGGAAGGUCUAGAAGAUGUGGAGGAAGAGGAUGGGUUGGCUUGCAUGGUGUGUCGCGAAGGGUACCGGUUACGCCCCACAGACCUACUAGGUGUUUACACUUACAGUAAACGGGUGAGCCUUGGUGUAGGAACUUCAGCAAGUGCACGUGGUGACUGUGUUUACACUACGGUCAGCCAUUUCAACAUCAUACACUUCCAAUGUCAUCAGGAAGCUAAAAGAGCAGAUGCUGCACUGAAGAAUCCGAAAAGGGAGUGGGACGGUGCAGCACUUAGAAACAACGAGACACUUUGCAACAAUCUCUUUCCGCUAAGGGGUGCAUCAGUCCCAAUGGGUCAGUAUGUGCGUUUUGUGGACCAGUACUGGGAAUACCUCAAUGCUCUUGGGCGUGCUGAUGGAAACCGGCUCCGCCUUUUAACUUACGACAUAGUUCUGAUGCUUGCUCGGUUUGCAACGGGGGCUUCAUUUAGUGCGGACAGCAGAGGCGGUGGAAAGGAAAGCAACGCACGGUUUUUGCCUUUCAUGAUACAAAUGGCACAUCACCUCCUUGACCACGACUCCACCCUGCGGCAGUCCAUGGCCAAGUCAAUCUCAAGUUAUUUGGCUUCAUCAUCAGACUCUAAACACACAUUAUUGUCUUCCGGAACAGAAGAAACAGUCCAGUUCAUGAUGGUCAGCUCACUUCUUGUGGAAUCAUAUGACUCCUGGUUGGAGCAUCGCUUUGGGUUCUUGCAGCGAGGAAUAUACCACGCAUACAUGCAGCACACUCACGGUCGGCGGCCGAGUCCGUUGGACUCACCAGGAAUGACAAGCAGUGCCGGUGAACCAAACAGUGGGGGGUUGCUGUCAAUCAUACUACCAAUGCUUGUGUACUUGGGAUUGAUUGAGCAACUACAGCGAUUCUUCAAGGUGGUAAAGAAAACAUCAGCCGCCACAGUGGAUGAAGCGGAGGGGUUGGAAGGUUGGGAAGUGGUGAUGAAAGAAAGAGUUUUGAAUGUGAAGGAGAUGGUUGGGUUCUCCAAAGAACUAUUAUCAUGGCUUGACGACAUGGUCUCUGCAUCAGAUUUGCAGGAGGCGUUUGACAUCCUCGGUGUUUUGAGUGAUGUGCUCUCCGGUGGUGGUGGCGGUGGCGGUGGCGGGUUCAACUCGUGCGAAGAUUUUGUUCGUGCUGCAAUUGAUGCCAAAACCCCAUGAUGUUUCAUCUUUUAUCUCUUGCUGAUGCGAUGAGCACUUCUUUCCGUGGAGCACCUUCAUAUUAUGUAGCAACUACCAAGCAUGUACUUCUGUAAGUCUGUAACUAUAAUAAUUUUGUAUAAUGAGAUACUUCAAUUCACACGCGAUAAUGAUGUUUUGACAAAAGAUGAGUGUUAUUAUCGAUAACAUUUGUAAAACAAAAAUGAAUUGUAUAGAGCGCAUAUGGAAGGCACGAAAGUGAAAGUUGAACGCUACACUUCUUUUGGGGUAAAUGUUAAAUAAAUGCUAUAAAUGGGCAAAAUUUUCAAUGGUAAGGUGCACCCAGCACCCCCCAGCAGCCUUCAACUGCAGAUUAGACACAACUCACACAAGAAUACAGCGUAUACAACAUUCAAACUACAGGCCACAAUGCCAAGUGCAGCUGUGCAAGACACCCAGGGCUCAAAUCAGACAAAACAGCUAACCAAACACGGAUUAAGGGGGAAGGAUCUCAAAAAUCAAUCCACUUGGGGGUAUAAUCUGUACAAAACCUUAUAAAUAACCACUUUGAUAUGCAAAAUCAGGCCUGCACCCUAUACUGCUACACCUUUAACUAAGGAGUACUUUAUAAUGCUACGUAAUUACUACUCCGUAAUUAGUAGCACCGAUACUUUAAUGAUGUAUCUCUGUGUUACUGUGUAUUGAAACGUUUCAGCAUCACAUACUUGUGUCAUUAGGGUAUGCAGUGCAUCUGAAUUUUCUUUAAAUAAUCAGGUCUAUUUGUAAUUUUUGCAAAAGAGGAUAGUGCCCUUAUUUAAUAGUCAUUCUGUCCC